UUUGACUCUGGGGUGGAGAGUGGGAAGCAGCCCACGGGGGCCUAGAAUGGGUUCACAACCCCCAUCCUUUCCCUCCAUAGGUGGCCCUAGUCUGUCAAACAUCUUUGAGGAGCCAAGUCCGGAAGGCCUCUCCCUCCUCUGCCUCUGCCAUGGCCGCGAGAACCAUUAUCAUCGACCACGGGUCUGGCUUUCUGAAGGCUGGCCUGUCCGGGUGGAAUGAGCCCCAGAUGGUCUUCCCGAGCGUUGUGAACUACAUUCCGUGCAGGGAGAACCCCGGCCCCAGCUACGCCCGAAGACGCGUGAGUCUGGGCAUCGACAUUUACCAUCCCGACACCUUCAGCUACCCCGUCCAGCGUGGCCGUGUCCUCAACUGGGAGGGCGUGGAGCACAUCUGGUCCUUCGUCCUGGAGACACAUAGACGGGAGCACGAGGACUCCCCUGUGAUAGUCACAGAGUCCCCCCUGAGGGAGCCUGUGGACCGACAGAAGACCCUGGAGAUUAUGUUUGAGUUACUGGAUGUCCGGUCCAUACUCCUGGCCGACCAGCUGGAGAUGUCCCUGUACGCCUCUGGCCUGCUGACCGGCGUGGUGGUUGAUUCUGGUUACGGCCUGACCCGCGUGCAGCCUUUCCAUCUGGGCCGCCCCUUACAGCCCAGUGGUAAGACGCUGGAGUUCGCGGGCCAGGAUCUCUCCGCCUACCUCUUCAAGAGCCUCUUUAAGGAAGAUAGCAACCAACACAACUUGUUUCAGCUGGACACGGUCACCAACACUCAGAUGAACAAGUGCUACGUGCCGCAGAAUCUGGGGGAGGCGCUGGACUUCCGUCAGAGCCUGCCCAAUGGCUCAGAUGAGAACAACACCUAUCAGCUCCCGGAUGGCACCCCCGUGGAGCUGACCCCCCUGCAGCGGCUGGCUCCCGAGAUGUUCUUCAGCCCCCAGGUGUUCGACCUGGAGGGGCCCAGCAUCUCUCAGGCUGUCUUGGAUUCCAUCCAGACCUGCGAAGCCUCUCUGCACCCACUGCUCAUCUCCCACGUGGUGGCCUGCGGGGGGAACACCCUCUAUCCGGGCUUCACGAAGCGCCUGUACAAGGAGCUGAUAGAACAUCAUUUCUCCUCCACCAAGACCACCGUAUGGGUGGGUUCCAACAGAAACUUUAGUGUCUGGUUAGGAGCAUCUGUUGUGGCUCAUCUGUCUACCUACAAGUCUGAGUGGAUGACCAAAGAGGAGUAUGAAGAGAGUCUGAGGCUGUGACCUGUUGGCUGGCUUCUGGGCCCUGCUCCUGUCAGAUAGGCUUGGGUGGAUUAAUUUCAGUGAAAGGGUCUGGGCAGGAGUGGGGUUAGCUGGCUUUGGAAUUCUAAGGUCAUGGAAGAUUUUUUUUAGGUUCUAGAGUUUUAUCUUGUUUCAAGAGUGGGAUCUCACCCAUGGGAGGAGGACAGGGUGUCAUCUCUGGUAGCCCUCCAGGGGACAGUUUUUCCAGGGAUGGUCUGUCAUUGGGGUGGGAGCUGCCAGCUGCCAUCUCUAUGCCUAAAAGCCACUUGUUUUUCACUGGCAUCUCCCUUGGGUUAUCUCGUUCUUCUUAGUUGAAUAGGUUUUAACUGGGGCAAGAGAGAAGUAUUUUUGAAUAGGGAAUAGAGAGGGUGGGGAUG